GGGGCAGUGCCGGGGACGCGCCUGACCUUGGCACAACACGGCGGGAGCCCUGUGCGUUUGGGGACGGGCUGUGGCACCACCGGGGCACCCCUGGGGCCGCACAUCGGAGCCACAACAAUGCCCGGGAGACAUGGGGGACCUGUCCCUGUUAUUGGUGGCCAGGGGCGGGGUGUCCCCUGUCCUCCCGAGGUGUCCCCUGCCCUCCCGGGGUGUCCCCUGCCCUCCCGGGGUGUCCCCUGCCCUCCACCCGCAGCUGCUGCGGGCACAGCGCACCGGGGGUCGGAUGGACGGGGCACACAGGGAGGGCGGCACCGGGGGCCGAUGCAGACUGUGGGAUCGGCUGUUCUGGCGGGCGGGAGCCCGGUGCCGGUGCCGGUGCGGGCGGGGGCGGUGCGCUCGGGGCCAGCCGGUGCCAGCCGGGCCGGCCGCCAGCCUCCCCCUCCCGGCGGGCGUGCGCAGGGACCGCCCCGCUCGGCUGCCACCGACCGCCUGCGCCUGCCGCGGCCGGGACCGGCGGGGCCGGGCCCCCUGGGCGGGCUCAGCCCUGCUGGGAUCAUCCCCCGCUCGGGAUCAUCCCCUGCCCGGGAUCAUCCCCUGCCCGGGAUCCCCCUGCCCGCCCGGUGCGGCCGCGUUGUCACCGCCCGCAGGAGCGGCGGCGCGGCCGGGCACGGCGACCUGCGCAACCCCGCCCGCUCGGCAGUGCCCUGCUGAGAUGGCGAGUGCAGAGCCCGGCGCUGAGGAUGCAGCUGAGGCUGAGGAUGCAGCUGAGGCAGAGGAGGCCGUCUAUGAGGUGAUGCCCUGUGACAAGAUGGAGUUGAGCCAGCGCCUGGCCGUGGAGGAGCUCAUCACCACCGAGGCCAGCUACGUCCACAACCUCCAGCUCUGCGUGUGGGACAUCCGGGCACACCUCCAGGGGAAGCAGCUGCCUGAGCUGGACCUGGAAGGACUCUUCUCCAACAUCGACGAUGUCCUGCAUGUCUCCAGGAGGUUCCUGGAGGGCCUGGAGGCCACGGUGGGCCAGGGGCAGGAGCAGCUGCUCUGCAUCAGCACCCUGUUCCAGGAGUUCAAGGAAGAGAUGGAGACUGUCUACAAGACCUACUGUGCCAGCUACGACCACGCCCUGCAGCUGGUGGAGAGCUACCGCAGGGACCCCCGGCUGCAGGAGGAGAUCCUGGACACCCUGAAUGCCACCGUGCCUCACACGGGCGCCUCAGACCUCAGCUUCUUCCUGGUGAUGCCCGUGCAGAGGGUCACCAAAUACCCUCUGCUGCUGGGGAAGAUCCUGGAGAACACCCCGAGCAGUGCCAGGGCGCACUCAGCCCUGCAGGCAGCGGCUCGUGCCAUGGCCCAGGUCAAUGCCAACAUCAACGAGUACAAACGGCGCCGGGAAGUGGCCACCAAGUACAACAAGGCCGAGCACCUGACGCUGCGGGAGCGCCUGGCACGCCUCAACACCCACUCCAUCGCCAAGAAAACCACGCGCCUCAGCCGCCUGCUCCUGCACGAGGCCGGCAUCGUGGCCAAGACCGAGGACAAGGAAUAUGACGACCUGGAAGAGAAGUUCCAGUGUGUGGCAUCCAGUGUGGCCGCGCUGAAGGAGAACAUGGCAUCCUACCUGGGCCAUUUAGAGGCGUUCCUGCUGCCCACCCCACAGCAGUGGGAGCUGCAGAUGGACGAGGGACCUGCCCAGCAGCAGCGCCGCCUGGCAGAGCUCCUGCAGGGCACCGUGUUCCCAGAGUUUAGGCAGCGUGUGGACAGGCUGGUGUGGCAGCCCCUCUGCAGCCUCUCAGACAUGCUGGAGGGGCCCCAGCAGCUGGUCAAGAAGCGCCUGGACAAGCUGCUGGACUACGAGGAGAUCCAGGAGAGGAAGAGCGAGGUGGGCAGCGUCAGCUACGAUGAGGAGGCAGCCAUGAACACCUACCUGGCCAUCAAUGACCUGCUGGUGGCCGAGCUCCCCCGGUUCAACCAGGUGUCCGUGCAGCUCCUGGGGCAGAUCCUGCGCUCCUUCAGUGCCCUGCAGCUGGACUUGGCUGCCCAGGUGCUGCACCAUGCAGAAAAGGAGCUGGAGCAGCUGCCCCACGGCCACAUGCCCCUGCCCAGCUUCUGGAAGGUGGUGGAGGAUGCCCUGCAGCAGUCGGGUGCUCAGCUCCGUGCCUUCUGCCAGGCCUUUGAGACCGUCACCCCCAGCCCUGGCACACAGCCUCUGACCCCUGCUGAGGAGAGGAAGGUCCUUUCCCUGGUGAGCAAGCACGGCCCAGACAAGCUUUACCAGGUCACCAGCAACAUCAGUGGCAGCAGAGACUUGGACCUGACCUUGCUGAGGGGGCAGAUCGUGGCUCUGCUGCAGGGCGCUGACACCAAGGGCAACACCAGCAGGUGGCUGGUGGAUGCUGGAGGUCCCCGAGGGUUUGUUCCUGCUGCCAAACUCCGGCCCUACAGCCCAGCACAAGUCCAGCAGCCUGAGCUGCAGCUGCUGACCCUGGACAGUGGCACAGAGAAAAGGAGACAUUCCUAUCAAUUCCCUGAAGCUCCCAGGCCACAGGUGGCCACCUUCACCCCAACCUUCCAGGUGGUCGCCGGCUUCUCCUUCGCAGCCAGGAGCCCGCAGGAGGUGACCCUGCAGGCAGGGCAGCCCGUGCUGCUGCUGGAGCCCCACGACAAGAAGGGGAGCACGGAGUGGAGCCUGGUGGAGGUGAACGGCCAGAGGGGCUAUGUGCCCUCCAGCUACCUGGUGACCGUGCCCGUGCAGGACCCCGCGGGCUGGAGCCUGCCCGUGUGAGCGU